AUGUGCGAUAUCCAGGAUAUCUCCCCUGCGGGCUCAACUGAGCCUGACGUUGCCCAUAAUUUUUCUCCCCUCGUCAUCAUCUAUAAAGAUGGCAGGGCAGAAAGACUCGUCGGCAAUGAAAUUGUCCCCACUUCUGUAGAUCCCGAAUCAAAUGUUCUGUCCAAAGAUGUUGUCUAUUCACAAGAAGAAAAUUUAUCUUCUAGACUUUUCCUUCCAAACAACAUCAAUCCUAACAAAAAACUCCCUCUUUUAAUUUACUAUCAUGGGGGAGGCUUCUGCGUUGAGACACCGUUCUCACCUACUUACCACAGCUAUGUCAACAUGUUAGUUGCAGAGUCUCAAACAAUUGCCAUCUCAGUUGAUUAUAGAAGAACCCCAGAACAUCCUAUCCCCAUUCUAUAUGAUGAUUCGUGGACUGCUAUUAAAUGGGCCGCAUUUCAUGUUAAUGGAGAUGGUCCUGAAGAGUGGCUAAAUAGCCAUGCUGAUUUUAACAGGGUGUUUUUUGCUGGAGAUAGUGCUGGUGCUAAUAUAGCUCAUCACAUGGCCAUGAGGUAUAGUGAAGAGAAAUUAUUUGGUGUUAAUCUUGUAGGGAAUAUUUUAAUGAAUCCUUUUUUCUGGGGCGAAGAAUCUAUUGGCAAUGAGGUUAAUGAACAAGUGAUGACACGAGAACAGAUUAAGAAAAUUUGGCAUCUUGCAUCCCCUACAACAAGUGGAUGCGAUGAUCCUUUAAUUAAUCCGAUCAUGGAUCCAAAAUUGCUGAACUUAGGGGGCACAAAGGUACUUGUUAUUGUUGCUGAGAAAGAUUUUUUGAGGGAUAGGGGGUGGCUGUAUUACGAGGCCUUGAAGAAUAAUGGGUGGGGUGGAAGGGUUGAAAUUAUGGAGGUCAAAGAAGAGGGUCAUGUUUUCCAUUUGUCCAAUCCUGCCUGUGAGAAUGCUGUGGCUAUGCUUAGAAAAAUUGUUUCUUUCAUACAUGAAGAAUAG